AUGCUGACGGAGAGCUUAGUUGCUUCCGUGCUGGGAUCAGCAAAGACGCAGACUUCGUCGACGCUAAAAGACGUGGGAAUUUGCAUCCAGGAGCUGCAGCCCACUUCCGCGCUGCGAGCAACGUUCAAGAAGAGCUCUACCCCUCCCAACGGACUAGCUGUCACACCAACGCAUGUCUUUGCCGCACAGACCGAUAAGGCUGUCAUUCAUGUCUACAGUAGGCUCAGGGGAAAUCAGGAAGCCACCAUACCCUUUCCAGAGCGAAUUCGGAGUGUAGCUGUGGCUGGCGGGCAAAAUGGCGAGAUCCUAGUUUUGGGCACGGAGGGUGGUCGAUUGAUUCUGUGGGAGACAUGUACGGGACGACAAGUCUCGACAACACCUUCUCAUCUUCAACCUGUCACUUCUUUAGUAGUUGACCCAACAUCUCAAUUCAUCAUAUCCGGAUCAUCUGAUGCCAGUGUUCACGUAUGGUCCAUACCGCAAUUGCUGUCUUUCUCUAGAGCAGCAGCGGCAGCUCGAGACCAAAAAGCCCCCAACUCGCCGAUUCGAUCAUUUUCAAACCACCGAACAGCUAUCACGGCCCUGGCUGUCGGGCAUGCUUGCAGCCGCAGUAACAUUGCUAUAUCUGCGGCACGAGACAAUACGGCCGUUGUGUGGGAAUACAACACUGGAAAUGUUUUAAGGACAUAUUUGCUUCCUUUCACGGCGAUUUCCAUUGCAGUCGAUCCUGCAGAUCGAGCGUUCUAUGUUGGAUACGAAGCUGGAAAUGUCCAGCGUGUCGACUUUUACGAGACCCCAUCAGCGCAGCACCCUCUAUAUGAUGUACGACUGCAGAAUACUCCCUCACAAAUUAAUUCUCAAGACCAAUGGCUAGUCCCGUCUACAGACAAAGGUGCUGCGACAACACUAGCCUUGUCAUAUGAUGGCAUGACACUAUAUUCGGGACACCCGAAUGGCUCUGUGCUUUCGUGGGACGUAACCCGCGGGAAGUACUCUUCAACAGUCGCUGAUUAUUUAAGUCCAGUAACAAAUCUACAUACACUUCUGCCAGUGGGGUUUCCUUCAAGUGCCUCUCAAAAUCAAAACUACACAAUCCCAAACAUCAUCAAGCCUCAAUAUAGCAAAGGCAUGUCGGAUGCGUCCCAAGGCAAUGGGGCUGUUCCGUCAAACUAUACACUUAGUGUCCAGCUGACUCCUAACCCUCAAAAUAGUUCGACCCUAUUUUCUGAAGCAUUGACCCACGCAUCUUUCCCAGCAUCUUUGAUUGAAGAAGGUCUCGCAGAACUGGCAGCGUUCGGCCAAGGACAGACAGUGAACGGUACAAGCACUACACAAAUAAGCUCAACGAAUAAAUACACCGCCAACACCAUUGAUUCUACACAAAUCGCCACCUUAGAGGAAGAAAUCGCUAGUUUAAAAAGACAGCUUUCAGUCAGCGAAGAUGCACGACAGGCACAAACAGAAGAAGUGAUCAAAUUGAGGACUGAUUUGCGGGGACUACAAGACUACACAAGCCAAUUCCAGCAGGAUCGAGCACGUCUCAACAGCGACAAAGCAGCCAGCCGUGCGAAUAAUGAAGAUCGGGAUUUCCAACGACGACAGGAAUGGUUCGAGGCCGAGAAGGGGGGUAUAAAAGGGGACGCCACGCUCAGAAAUGCGCGAACACGAGACGAAGACGUCAGUGAUUCUGAUUAA